CCAGCACUUGGUGAUCGCUCGAUGGUUGGCAUGGUGGAUCAACUGUUUGUUCAUUUACUGAAAGCGAUCAACAUAUGUGCUCAUGUGAUUGAUGAUGUUCCUCCAGGUCCUGUAGUGAAGACCACUCUUCCAUCCCUAACUAACCCCCCUUCUUUAAGUCCUAUCCGGAGGAAAGGGAAGGAGAGAGAGAGUGCUGAGCAGACAGCAGUGCCGCUGAGCCCAAAGAAAGUCAGUGACACCACUCCAGCUACGCGGCAGACAGAUGCCUCUGGUCCAGCUCAAACAAGCAAAUCUCUUGGCAGUUUCUACCAUCUCCCAUCAUAUUUAAAGUUGUAUGAUGUUCUGAAAGCCACAUAUGCUAAUUAUAAGGUAACACUGGAUCUUCAGAAUAACAAUGAAAAGUUUGGGGGUUUCCUACGCUCUGCUCUGGAUGUUCUCUCUCAGGUUUUGGAACUAGCUACUCUAACUGAUAUUGGCAAGUGUGUGGAAGAAAUUCUGGGUUACCUGAAGUCCUGUUUUAGCAGGGAACCGGUGAUGGUCACAAUCUGUGUGCAACAGCUAUUAAAGACCCUUUUUGGAACCAACUUGGCAUCCCAGUUUGAGGCGCUGUCUUCGAACCCUAGUAAAACCCAGGGAAAAGCACAGCGCCUUGGCUCAUCUAACCUACGACCUGGUUUGUACCAUUACUGUUUCAUGGCUCCAUAUACACACUUUACCCAGGCUCUUGCAGAUGCCAGUCUCCGUAACAUGGUCCAAGCUGAUCAAGAGCAAGACACGUCAGGGUGGUUUGAUGUGCUCCAGAAGGUUUCCUCUCAGCUGAAGAACAGCAUUACCAAUGUUACUAAGCACCGUGCAGACAAGAAUACGAUUCAUAACCACAUUCGUCUGUUUGAGCCUCUGGUGAUUAAAGCAUUGAAGCAGUACACCACUACUACAUCUGUGCAGCUGCAGAGACAGGUUCUUGAUCUUCUAGCUCAACUUGUCCAGCUUCGAGUCAACUACUGUCUGCUAGACUCUGAUCAGGUGUUCAUUGGUUUUGUGCUGAAGCAGUUUGAGUACAUUGAAGUAGGUCAGUUCAGGGAAUCAGAAGCCAUCAUUCCCAAUGUCUUCUUCUUCCUGGUAUUGCUGUCCUAUGAAAGGUACCACUCUAAGCAGAUCAUC